UAUGUGGCUUAAUUUUGAAUUGGUGUAUUUAGGUACAUUUGGGUUAUAAGGACCACUGGCAUUCUGUUUGGAGGACACCAGCAAUUAUAAAAAUGGGUGUUCAUUUCCAUAACUUGAGAACCUCUGGGGCAGGUUAUGUCGAGUACAACCUGUCUCCAUUUGAACAGAGAGCCUUUGGAGGAAUGAUCAAGAAUGGAAUCCCAAAUGCAGCUGCAAGAUUUGGACGUAAAUUCCAUCUUCUUAUCCCUUUCUAUGCAUACUACAAGUACCAGGAAUAUUGUUUCAAUGACACUGCAGCAGGCCACAGGAAGAGGAACAUGCCAGAAUACGAAGAAUACUUUGCCAGUUUAAAGGAAGACAAAUAGAGAUGUUAACACUGAGUUUAUCAAAUUGUUCUGAAAUGAAUACCUGUCCAUGUUUCAAUAGAUGAUAUCUAAUGUG